AUGGCCAGAUGGCUGUCGUUAUUAGCAGAAUUUGACAUAACAUAUGUCAACCAAAAGCCUAUGAAGGGGCGAGCAGUCUUGGACCAUCUAGCUGCACAUCCGGUGGAAUCAGAUUCAUGGCCAAUGGAAGAUCUGUUCCCAGAUGAAGACUUAGCAUGUGCGGAAGAAGAAGAAUGCAAAGACUGGUGGCAAUUGUAUUUUGAUGGCGCAGCCAAUCAAAGGGGAUACGAGGACGAAAUACUGUUGAUAACCCUAGAAGAUCUUUACCUCCCUUCUGCUUUCCGAUUAGAAUUUCCAUGUACCAACAACAUCGCAAAGUACGAAGCAUGUAUGAUUGGCUUGGAGGCCGCCAUGGCAUUGGGAAUCAGGAAGUUGAAAGUUUAUGGGCUAUCAAACUCAAGGAAAUGGAAAACGAAAGAUGAAAAGCUGAAACCCUAUCAGAAACACUUGGAGUGGAUAAUCAAGAAUUUUGAAGAAAUCACAUUCGAAUAUUUGCCAAGAGUCAACAAUAGAUUUGCAGACGCUUUUGCCACCCUCGCCUCAAUAGUUGAAUGUAACUCAGAUACCCAGAUCCGACCAUUUUUUAUGGACAAAAGAUGUGUGCCAGCAUAUGAAGAAUCAGUGAAUGUCUUGACAAUCAAUGGAAAAAUAUGGUUCAGACCCAUAAUUGACUUCAUCAAAGAAAGGAGGUAUCCUGAACAUUUCACAGUGGGUGAAAAGAAGCAGCUAAGAAAGUACGCCACACAAUUCAUGCUCCAAGGAGACUUGUUGUAUAAAAGAUCUUACGAUGGCAUACAACUGCUCUGUGUAGAUGAGGAACAAGCUCAAACAAUCAUGAAAGAAAUCCACCAGGGAAUCUGCGGACCUCAUAUGAAUGCCAGAAUGCUCGUCAAGAAGUUCCUAAGAUUAGGGUAUUAUUGGACAACCAUGGAAGAAGAUUGUGCCAAGUUUAUGAAAAGAUGUCACAAAUGCCAGAUAUUUGCCAACAUUAUUCAUAUUCCUCCCACGGAACUCCAUUCAUUGAAUGCUCUCUGGCCAUUCUCCACAUGGGGCAUUGACAUCAUUGGGAAGGUAACGCUGAAAGCAUCCAACGAACAUGAAUUCAUCCUCGUCUCCGUAGAUUACUUCACCAAAUGGGUGGAAGCACAGUCUUACACCGUCUUAAUAGCUGCAAAGGUAGCAAAAUUCAUCAAGGAAAAUAUCAUAUGCAGAUACGGAGUACCACACGCCCUCAAAUCCGAUUAG